UGUUACGCUGUAUGACUGUGACCUCCCCAGGGACAGAGAGUUACUGAUCCGCGAACAGACCGUCAGUUGUCAGCGAGUACUGGAGGUGACUGGAACAACAAACAUGAAGUUAGUAGUCUGCGGGGUUGUACUUCCCGCGCUCAUCCUCGCCACACAGGGGAUCCUGGAACACAGGACCAUCUAUCCACAGCCGGAGCAGAUCCACCUAUCUUACGGAGCCGCCCCCGACCAGAUGGUGGUGACGUGGGUGACUCUCGGCAAGGCAGGCACCGCCACCGUCAACUACGGGGAGGGGAAACUCGAUCAGACUCAGUAUGGAACCACCACCAUCUUCACUGAUGGUGGCACUGAGAAGCGUGUGCUCUACAUACACCGUGUGACACUGUCGGGCCUGAACCUUGGACACCAAUAUACGUACAGAUGCGGAAGUGACGCCGGCUACAGCUCCAUCCUGACCUUCAGGGCGAUGCAGGGCGGCAGUGACUGGAGUCCCAGACUUGCUGUCUUUGGUGACCUUGGCAAUGAGAACCCACGUGCAUUGCCCUAUUUACAAGAAGAGGCUGAGGCUGGACACUUUGAUGCCAUUCUCCACGUAGGGGACUUCGCCUACGACUUUGACACCGACAACGCCCGCCUCGGCGAUGAGUUCAUGCGUCAGAUAGAGCCCGUGGCAGCCAUGGUUCCCUACAUGGUGUGUGUUGGCAACCACGAACACGCAUACAACUUCUCCAACUAUAGGAACAGGUUCACGAUGCCUGGUGGAGACGGGGAGGGCAUGUACUUCAGCUGGAACAUCGGCCCCGCCCACAUCAUCAGUUUCUCCACCGAGGUGUACUACUACGGCGUGAGCACGGAGAGUAUCCGCGCCCAAUACGAGUGGCUGGAGAAGGACCUGCAGGAGGCCAACCUCCCAGCCAAUAGAGCCGCUCGGCCGUGGAUCAUAGUGAUGGGCCACAAACCCAUGUACUGCUCCAACAGUGAAAGGGAACUGUGUGACAAUGACGACAACCCGAUUAGAAACGGCAACAAGUACUACCCUGCAAGUCUGGAGGAGUUGUUCUACAAGUAUGGCGUGGAUCUGGAGUUCUUUGCUCAUGAACAUUCCUACGAGCGGCUGUGGCCGGUGUACAAGACCAAGAUUUGCAACGGCAGCAUUGACAAACCCUACGUGAACCCCCAGGCGCCCGUACAUGUUGUUACUGGAUCAGCCGGUGACAGAGAAGGACAGACCAAGUUUUUACAUACAGUUUUACCCUGGACUGCAUUCCACACUGACGAUUACGGAUAUACCCGGGUGACAGUGCAGAAUGCAACUCAUCUGUACAUGGAGGAAAUGUCUGUAGAUAAGAUUUGCAACGGCAGCAUUGACACACCCUACGUGAACCCCCAGGCGCCCGUACAUGUUGUUACUGGAUCAGCCGUGAGUCGAUAA